CUCCAGCUAGUGGGAGGUGAGUUUGACCUCGAGAUGAACUUCAUCAUUCAGGACAGUGAGAGUAUCGGCUGUAUGGUCGACCUACUCUCCCACUGCGAAGUCACCUGCCAAGCUGAGGUGUGGUCCAUGUUCACAGCCAUCCUGAGGAAGAGUGUGAGGAACCUUCAGACCAGCACAGAGGUGGGCCUCAUACAACAGGUCCUGUCCAAGAUGAGCUCUGUGGACGACAUGAUCGCAGAUCUGCUAGUGGAUAUGCUGGGGGUGAUGGCCAGCUACAGCAUCACAGUGAAGGAGCUGAAGCUUCUAUUCAGUAUGCUGAGGGGAGACAACAGUAUCUGGCCUAGACAUUCUAUCAAGUUGUUGUCCGUGUUGAACCAGAUGCCUCAGAGACACGGUCCAGACACCUUCUUCAACUUCCCUGGUCGCAGUGCAGCGGCCAUAGCGUUGCCUCCCAUCGCUAAGUGGCCUUACCAGAACGGCUUCACUCUCAACACCUGGUUCAGACAAGAUCCCCUCAACAACAUCAACGUAGACAAGGACAAACCAUACCUCUACUGUUUUCGGACCAGUAAAGGUGUUGGUUACUCAGCUCACUUUGUGGGGAACUGUCUGAUCGUGACAUCACUCAAGUCCAAGGGGAAAGGCUUCCAACACUGUGUGAAGUACGACUUUCAACCCCGCAAGUGGUACAUGAUCAGCAUCGUCCACAUCUAUAAUCGCUGGAGGAACAGUGAGAUCCGUUGCUAUGUCAACGGUCAGCUGGUCUCCUAUGGCGACAUGGCCUGGCACGUCAACACCAAUGACAGUUAUGAUAAGUGUUUUCUAGGUUCGUCAGAGACAGCAGAUGCUAACAGGGUGUUCUGUGGUCAGCUGGGGGCCAUCUACGUGUUCAGUGAGGCUCUCAACCCCGCUCAGAUCUUCGCCAUACAUCAACUGGGUCCGGGCUACAAGAGCACCUUUAAGUUUAAGUCGGAGAGUGAUAUCCACCUGGCCGAGCACCAUAAGCAGGUCCUGUAUGAUGGGAAGCAGGCCAGCUCCAUCUCUUUCACCUACAACGCCAAGGCCACCGACGCGCAGCUCUGUCUGGAGUCAUCGCCCAGAGAGAACGCAUCCAUCUUCGUUCACUCACCACACGCACUCAUGCUGCAGGAUGUGAAGGCCAUAGUGACCCACUCCAUCCACAGUGCCAUCCAUUCUAUAGGAGGGAUUCAGGUCCUCUUCCCUCUCUUUUCACAACUGGACUACAGACAACUCAACGACAGCUCUGUGGACACCAGCGUGUGUGCCACCCUGCUAGCGUUCCUAGUUGAGCUGUUGAAGAGCUCCGUGGCCAUGCAGGAACAGAUGCUGGGGGGCAAAGGAUUCCUAGUGAUCGGGUACCUGCUGGAGAAGUCGUCCAGGGUCCACAUCACCAGAGCGGUCCUGGAACAGUUCUUGUCCUUUGCUAAGUACCUGGACGGUUUAACCCACGGAGCACCACUCCUCAAACAGCUGUGUGACCACGUCCUCUUCAACGCUGCCAUCUGGAUACACACACCCGCCAAAGUCCAGCUGUCCCUGUACACCUACCUGUCUGCGGAGUUCAUUGGCACGGCGACCAUCUACAGCACUAUCCGUCGCGUCGGUACCGUGCUGCAGCUGAUGCACACACUGAAGUACUACUACUGGGCCAGCAACCCACUGGAGAGCAGCGGCAUCACACCGAAAGGACUGGAUGGACCGAGGCCGUCCCAGAAGGAGAUCAUCUCUCUCAGAGCCUUCAUGCUGCUGUUCCUCAAACAACUCAUACUCAAGGAUCGGGGAGUGAAGGAAGAUGAGCUACAAAGCAUCCUGAACUACCUGCUCACCAUGCAUGAGGAUGAUAAUAUCCAUGAUGUUCUUCAGUUGUUGGUGGCUCUGAUGUCAGAACACCCAGCCUCCAUGAUCCCAGCCUUCUCGGCAUACGAUAGUUCCAGGGUGAUCUGUAAACUCCUAGCCUCUAACAGUGAGAACAUCAGAGUCCAGGCUCUCAAAGUCCUGGGAUACUUCCUCAAACACCUCGGACACAAGAGGAAGGUGGAGAUCAUGCACACACACAGCCUGUUCACCCUGCUGGGAGAGAGGCUGAUGAUCCACACCAACACAGUCAGCGUCACCACCUACAACACACUCUAUGAGAUUCUGACGGAACAGGUGUGUACCCAGGUAGUCCACAAGCCUCACCCAGAACCUGACUCCACCGUCAAGAUACAGAACCCCAUGAUACUGAAGGUGGUAGCGACCUUGUUGAAGAGCUCCAGUCCCAGUACUGAACUGAUGGAGGUCAAGACACUGUUCCUGUCUGACAUGAUCAAACUGUUCAGCAGCAGCCGAGAGAACAGACGGUGUCUGUUGCAGUGUUCAGUGUGGCAGGACUGGAUGUUCAGUCUGGGUUACAUCAACCCCAAGAGCCCAGAGGAACAGAAAAUGAUGGAGAUGGUCUAUAACAUCUUCAGGAUCCUGCUCUACCACGCCAUCAAGUAUGAGUGGGGGGGAUGGAGGGUCUGGGUGGAUACCUUGUCCAUCGCUCACUCCAAGGUAACGUACGAGGCCCAUAAGGAGUACCUGGCUAAGAUGUACGAGGAGUACCAGCGACAGGAGGAGGAGAACAUCAAGAAGGGGAAGAAAGGUUCUGUCUCCACCAUCUCCGGCCUCUCGGCCACGCCCGCCCCCGUCGUCAACGGCAACCUGGAGAUCCGCGAGCUGGACGACCACUCCCAGAGUCAGACCCCCGAGAGUGAGGCCGAGUACGGAGAGGGAGGAGCAGGAGGGGUCUCCAGGAAUCUGCUUGCUGAGGGAGGGGUUGGGUUGGGCGUGAAGGUACCCAACAGAGAGGCAUUGACCCCUGGGGAGGAAGGUCAGGGGUCAGGCGUUAGGGUCGAAGUUCAUGACCUCCUGGUGGAUAUCAAGGCGGAGAAGGUGGAGGCCACAGAGGUCAAACUAGAUGACCUGGAUCUGUCUCCAGAAGGGAUGGUCGGAGGAGGAGGAGGAGGAGGAGGAGGAUUGGGAGGAGGAGGGAUAGGAGGAGGGAGGAUAGAGAACGGGCCCCUGGUGGAGGUGGACUCCCUGCUGGACAGCGCCUACAGUGCCGUGGUGCAGAAGCUGAAAGGGAACCACGGUAACCUGACAUCUAAAGAUGAGACGGUGGUCACGGGGCUGGGCGCCAUAGAGGAUGAUGGGAACAUGGGUCCCCUCAUCACCCUUGCCGACGAGAAAGACAGUGUCCCUAGCAAUAACGGAUUCCUCUUCAGCAAGGUUGAUGAGAAGCUGCUUCCAGCACUGGCCACCACAGACCCUCUGGUUCUGCCCAGCCCGGACCAGCCCAACCCCUUAGGCUCUGUCCCCUCCUCCACCAACGCCAGCGACGACCUGAGUCUCCUCGCCCACAUGACCUCCUGCAGGGGCUCAGACCUGAACCAAGCCCAGGGAGGGCUCCCCGAGGUCGGGCCCUUCAAGAUCCAGAGCCCCCUGGCUGACAUCAGCUCCAUUGCCCAGAGAGAGAGCCAGGCAGCUGAGAUCCAGGGCUACCCAGGGAGAGAGGGUCCGUCUGGGGCAGAUGGAGAGGUGGCAGGGGGUAAGGCUGGAGGUGACACGGUGAGCACCACGUCCGAUACAGAAAGGUCUGAUGAUGGGAAGGAGAUGAAGAUCCAGACCACGGCCACUACUCAGGCUCUCCACGGUCGUGCAGCGGCCCAGUUGGAACGUGACCUGCGUGUGGACCUGGGCUUCAGAGGUAUGCCCAUGACAGAGGAGCAGCGACGCCAGUUCAGCCCCGGGCCUCGCACCACCAUGUUCCGUAUCCCAGAGUUCAAGUGGUCCCCCAUGCACCAGCGCCUCCUCACUGACCUGCUGUUCGCCCUGGAGACAGACGUACACGUCUGGAGGAGCCAUUCAACCAAGUCAGUAAUGGACUUUGUGAACAGCAAUGAGAACAUCAUCUUUGUCCACAACACUAUACACCUCAUCUCUCAGAUGGUGGACAACAUCAUCAUCGCCUGUGGAGGGAUCCUCCCUCUGCUCUCUGCAGCCACCUCCCCCUCUAGUUCUAAGGUUAGUACGAACACUAAGGCGGGAGGAGAAGGAGGAGCCGACUCCCACAAAGGGUCAAAGGGCGAGGAGGUGACCCCUGUUCCGGGGGGCGAAGGGACAGGGGGAGAGGUUGAGUUAGAGAACAUGGAGUUGACCCAGGGCAUGUCUUCAGAGACUGCGGUGUCCUUUCUGUCUCGGCUCAUGGCCAUGGUGGACGUUCUGGUGUUCGCCAGCUCCCUCAACUUCUCUGAGAUAGAGGCUGAGAAGAACAUGUCCUCUGGAGGUCUGAUGAGACAGUGUCUACGACUGGUAUGUUGUGUAGCCGUGAGGAACUGUCUCGAGUGUAGACAGAGACAGAGAGAUAGAGAUAUUGGUUGUCUCUCCAAGUCUAACCUGUCCAGCAGCAAGUCACAGGACAGCCUACAGAGCUCUGCUGCAGCUAGCAAGGAUCCAGACAGACUUCUACAGGACGUUGACAUCAACCGCCUCAGAGCUGUCGUCUUCAGAGACGUGGAUGACAGUAAGCAGGCUCAGUUCCUGGCCCUGGCGGUGGUCUACUUCAUAUCUGUCCUGAUGGUGUCAAAGUACCGGGACAUCCUGGAACCACAGAGAGAGAUUGGCAGGUCAAGCAGCCUAUCAGGGAGGAGCAUCCGCCACGAGAUCAACUCCCCCACUAGUACAGAGCACCCGUCGUCCUCCUUUUCUGAGGGUGGCCGGGGUGAGAAGCAGACCCCCACCUCCAUGGAGGACUCUCCGUUGGCCUCUUUACCCCACACCGACUCAGGCAUUGGGGAGGAGGGCCACGGCCCUGGAGGUCUGAACGGAGCCGAGCUGGGCCUGGGGCUGGGGAUGGCAGGCAGGGAGACGGACAGAGAUAGACACAGAGAGAGGGAUGGAGGCGGAGGGGAUCUACUGUGUACCCUGUCAUCGGAGGUUAGGAGGUCAAGGGAGAGCCUAUUGGACUCUCCUCAUAACCCUAACUCCGCCUCCAAUCUUGGUCAAGCACCUCCCUCGUCGAUCUCAAGCAUCAGCCAGACUAACAAGGGCAUCAACGUCAAGGAGAUUCUGAAGAGCCUUGUGGCCGCGCCCCUGGACGGUGGGGAGGCGGGACAGGAAGUUGGUCCCACCCCCUACCACCCCGAUCCCGCCCUCAAGACACACCCCAUGCUGCCCAUGCAGUUCCACUCAUUCGACAGGUCUGUGAUGGUACCAGUCAAGAAGCCCCCUCCCGGCACCCUGUCAGUCAACACUGUGGGCACGCCCACCACCAGCGGCGCGGCCACACCAGGAAGUACACCAAACAUCUUCGCUGCUGCCACGGCAACGCCCAAGAGCAUGAUCAACACCACAGGUGCCACUGACUCUGCCUCUUCUUCCUCUUCUUCUUCCUCAUCCUUCGUCAACGGUGCGACCAGUAAGAACCUACCAGCCGUACAGACAGUGGCUCCCAUGACCGAAGACACCGUUGACAGCAUGAGUGUCUAUUGUGAGGUGGAGCAGUGUGAGCUGCGCAGCGGUUUGACUCCUCCUGAACUCAAGCCCUUUAGCUCUCUGGCAGGCUUCCAGACGGCCCCCCGCGAUGCAGGACAGUGUCUUAGUAUCACCACUAAGUUGGAGCGUGCCCUGGAGAAGGUGGCCCCCCUCCUGAGGGAGAUCUUUGUGGACUUUGCUCCGUUCCUCUCUAGGACCCUGUUGGGUAGCCACGGCCAGGAGCUGCUCAUUGAAGGUCUGGUCUGUAUGAAGUCCAGUACUUCAGUAGUAGAGCUGGUCAUGCUGCUCUGUUCUCAGGAGUGGCAGAACUCUAUCCAGAAGAACGCUGGGCUGGCCUUCAUAGAGCUCAUCAAUGAGGGAAGAUUGCUGUGCCAUGCCAUGAAGGACCACAUUGUGCGUGUGGCCAACGAAGCUGAGUUCAUCCUCAACAGACAGAGAGCUGAAGACGUACACAAACACGCUGAGUUUGAGUCUAACUGUGCCCAGUACGCUGCUGACAGGAGGGAGGAGGAGAGGAUGUGUGAUCACCUGAUCAGCGCUGCCAAGCACAGGGACCAUGUGACCGCCAACCAAUUGAAACAGAAGAUACUCAACAUCCUGACCAAUAAGCACGGGGCGUGGGGCACGAUGUCACAGAGCCAAUUACAUGACUUCUGGCGUCUGGAUUACUGGGAGGAUGACCUGAGGAGAAGGCGGAGAUUCGUACGGAACCCCUUUGGCUCCACCCACCCUGACGUGUCACUCAAAGCCCUGGAGGACUAUGGUACUGAGGAGGAGGAAGAGGAGGGGCUAAAGUCUAAGAAGACGUUCCGCAGCCAGUCAGUGGUCAGUCAGAACCCGGAGGCGGAGCUUAUGCUGGAAGGAGAUGACGACGCUGUCAGUCUGCUGCAGGAGAAAGAGAUGGACAACCUGGCAGGCCCUGUGGUGCUCAGUACUCCAGCCCAGCUGGUUUCUCCAGUAGUGGUGGUCCACGGGACUCUCUCCAUCACCACCACAGAGAUCUACUUUGAGGUGGACGAGGACGACCCGGGCUUCAAGAAGAUCCACACCAAGGUCCUGGCCUACUCCGAGGGUCUACAUGGCAAGUGGAUGUUCAGUGAGAUCAGAGCUGUUUUCUCCAGAAGAUACCUGCUCCAGAACACUGGUCUAGAGGUCUUCAUGGCCAACCGCACGUCUGUGAUGUUCAACUUCCCCGACCAGGCUACAGUGAAGAGGGUAGUCUACAGCCUACCCAGGGUGGGAGUAGGAACCAGCUACGGACUGCCUCAGGCCAGGCGUAUCUCCUUAGCAACGCCUCGUCAGCUGUUUAAGUCGUCCAACAUGACCCAACGCUGGCAGAGGAGGGAGAUCUCCAACUUCUCAUGUAGGAAGGUCAUCAUGUUUCUCAACACCAUCGCUGGGAGGACUUACAAUGAUCUGAACCAGUACCCAGUGUUUCCUUGGGUUCUCACUAACUAUGAGUCAGAGGAGCUGGACCUCACUCUGCCCGGCAACUUCAGAGACCUAUCCAAGCCAAUCGGAGCGUUGAACCCGAAGCGAGCUGUGUUUUAUGCAGAACGCUAUGAUACCUGGGAGGAGGACGGAACGCCUCCGCAUCACUACGGCUCCCUCUACUCUACCGCUAACACCACACUGCUCUGGAUGCUGCGGAUAGAGCCCUUCACCACAUUCUUCCUGAAUGCCAAUGAGAACCAGUUUGACCACCCUGACAGAGCCUUCUCUGGCAUCGCACGGGCAUGGAGGGACUGCCAACGAGACACCGCUGACGUCAAGGAGUUGAUCCCAGAGUUCUACUACCUUCCAGAGAUGUUUGUUAACAGUAGUGGUUUUGAGCUGGGACAGAGAGAGGACGGGACACCUGUGUCUGACAUAGAACUGCCAGCCUGGGCCAAGAAACCUGAGGACUUUGUACGCAUCAACCGCAUGGCGUUGGAGAGUGAGUUUGUGUCGUGCCAGCUGCACCAGUGGAUAGAUCUGAUAUUUGGUUAUAAGCAGCGAGGGCCCGAGGCUGUACGAGCUCUCAAUGUCUUCCAUUUCCUGUCCUACGAGGGCUCCGUCACUUUGGAUACCAUCGCCGACCCCGCACAGCGGGAGUUGAUGGAGACCCAGAUCCAGACAUGUGGUCAGACUCCAUCCCAGCUGCUGAUCGAGCCACACCCCCCUCGCUCCUCUGCCAUGCACCUGUGUUUUCUUCCUCAGAGUCCUCUGAUGUUUAAGGACCAGAUGCAGCAGGAUGUGAUCAUGGUGCUGAAGUUCCCCUCCAACUCCCCUGUGACCCACGUAGCUGCCAACACCCUGCCCCACCUCUCUGUCCCUGCUGCUGUCACCGUCACCUGCAGCAGACUGUUCGCUGUCAACCGUUGGCACAACACCGUCGGUCUGCGGGGCGCUCCAGGUUACUCCCUAGAACAGGCUCAUCACCUGCCGAUAGAGAUGGACCCUCUCAUUGCCAACAACUCAGGUGUGAGUAAGCGUCAGAUCACAGACCUGGUGGACCAGAGCAUCCAGAUCAACACACACUGCUUCGUGGUUACCGCCGACAACCGCUACAUCCUGGUCUGUGGCUUCUGGGACAAGAGCUUCAGAGUCUACUCUACCGAGACAGGUAAGCUGACCCAGAUAGUGUUUGGCCACUGGGACGUGGUGACUUGCCUGGCCCGGUCAGAGAGCUACAUCGGGGGGGACUGUUACAUCGUGUCGGGGUCCAGAGACGCUACCCUGCUGCUGUGGUACUGGAGCGGACGCCAUCACAUCAUAGGAGACAACCCCAACAACAGUGACUACCCUGCUCCUAGAGCCGUGCUGACGGGUCACGACCAUGAGGUGGUGUGUGUGUCCGUCUGCGCUGAGCUGGGACUGGUCAUCAGUGGGGCCAAAGAGGGCCCAUGUCUGGUCCAUACUAUAACAGGGGAUCUGCUGAGGGCCCUGGAGGGCCCAGAGUUGUGCCUGAGGCCCCGCCUCAUCUCUGUGUCCAGCGAGGGCCACUGUAUCAUCUGUUAUGAGAGAGGACGCUUCUGUAACUUCAGCAUCAACGGGAAACUACUGGCUCAGAUGGAGGUCAACGACUCCACACGGGCGAUCCUGUUGAGUAGUGACGGUCAGAACCUGGUGACAGGAGGAGACAACGGGGUGGUGGAGGUGUGGCAGGCCUGUGACUUCAAACAGCUCUACAUCUACCCAGGCUGUGACGCUGGCAUCCGCGCCAUGGACCUCUCUCACGACCAGAGAACUCUGAUCACUGGCAUGGCGUCUGGCAGCAUCGUAGCUUUCAACAUCGACUUCAACCGCUGGCACUACGAACACCAGAACAGGUACUGAGGAGAGGAGGAUGAAGAGGAGGAUGAAGAGGAGGAGAGGAUGGAGAGGAGGAUGGAGAGGAGGAUGAAGAGGAGGAUGACGAGGAGGAUGAAGAG